AUGCCCCCCACACCCAACGAGGCGCCCCCCCCCCCCGACCAGCGGCGCGACGGGGGAGACGCCACGCCGCAGGCGCGCCUGCGCCAAGGCGCCCCGGCUGCGCAGCCGGCCCGGCGGCCCGUCGCAGGCGCAGCGCGCUUGGGAGAGGGCCGCGCGAGGACGGCGAGACCCCAGCCUCCCACACGCCGGCCAAGUCGAGGAAGCGCUCCCCGGUACCCGCGCGUCAGACCGACAGUGCGCAUGCGCAGACGAUCCGCUGCCGGCCUGCACACAGACUGGCUCGAUGCGCUGCUACAUAUGACACCUUGCCUGUUCCAGCCUGCAACCCAGGUGCUGGGCACAGUUAAGUGGUUCAAUGUUCGCAACGGCUAUGGAUUUAUUAACAGGAACGACACCAAGGAGGAUGUUUUUGUGCACCAGACAGCCAUCAAAAGGAACAAUCCUCGGAAAUUCCUGCGCAGCGUCGGCGAUGGGGAGACUGUGGAAUUCGAUGUUGUGGAAGGAGAGAAGGGCGCCGAGGCAGCCAACGUCACCGGCCCGGGCGGCGUGCCGGUGAAAGGCAGCCGCUACGCCCCCAACCGCCGGCGCUUCCGCAGAUUCAUCCCCAGGCCCCGGCAAGCCCAGCUGCCACCGCAGGACACCACCAGAGUGGAAGGGGCUGCCCAGCCGGUCAGCGAGGGGGAGAGAGUCGACGACGCCAUGCAGCAGCCGCCCCGCAGGAGGCGCCCUUUGCCGUUCUUCUUCCGCCGGAGAUUUGUGCGUGGGCCCCGGGCUCCGGUCCAGCAGCAAGCCCAGCCGGUGCAGGGCACGGAAGGCGCAGAACCUAAAGAUGCCACCCAGCCAGAGGGAGACCAGCAACCGCCAGCCCAGGCUGGGGAGAGAGCUCCGGCCCCUCGCUUCCGGCCCAGAUACCGCAGACCCUUCCGCCCCCGCCCGCCACAACAACCCACCACUGAAGGAGGCGACGGUGAGACCAAAGUGGUGCAAGCCCCAGCAGACGGCAUCCGUCCCGAACCCCAGCGCCAGCGUAACCGGCCCUACUUCCAGCGCAGACGGCAGCAAACAGCUGGCACCCGGCCGGCAGCAGUAGAGCCGACCGUUACCGCCUCCAAAGACCAGCCUGCUCUGAGCUCUGCCGCUGGGGGGGACACCCCUGCUGCCAGCACCCCGGCCACUGCUCAGGAACCAGCAGUGGAAGCCAGCAAACCAGCUGCCCCCGCUCCAGAGGGUCCCUCCCAGCCACUGCCUGAGAUCCAGCGACAGCUUGUGGAUACUUCGACACCCGAGCCCGGGGGGGACCCUGCCCCAGCCCUGCUGGCGUAAGAGUGAGGGGAUGCAAAGAGCUGCCAGCUGGUGUCCAUCUUGCCCGUAUCUCCAAGUUACCUCAUACUGCACAGAGACCCCAAACUCCACCCGGUCCCGCCCUCUCCUCGCUGCUGAUCGAAGCCAAGAAUGUGAACCCUGAGGGGGGACUGAACAAAAAUCUUUAAGUUUAAAAAAAACAACUUUUUUUGAGGGGCUAGUCCCCUCCCUCCCAUAGCUUCCUCAGUUCAAAGGGAAACUGGCUGUUGAAACUUGAGUUAAUUCCCUCCCUCCCUAAUUUUUUUGAAGAGCACUUUUUUGUGAACAUUGUGUGCAGUUUGGGUGUCAGUAAAGGAAUUUGCACAGACUCCUGGUGUCGCCGGGUCUUUCCUGCCUUGCUGAGGGGGCGAAUGAGCCGCCUUUGGCAAAGCCACCAUAGUCUGUGGA